AUGGCUGCGAGAGAAAAUGAUCCAGAUUACCACGGGCCCCCUGCUGAGGUCGACACCACCUUAAGAGCACCAAAUCAUCGAGGCGGCGCAGUGGAUGCUGAACCAGCAGGACCCUCAAGUACAAACGAUGCGAAUACUAAACCGAUCGAGAAAACGAUAUCGUGCGUAUCAUGUAGGAAAAGGAAGCUCAAAUGCGAUCGCGUCAAGCCCUCUUGUGGGACUUGUAAUAGGCUGCGACAUGACUGCGAAUAUCCAGAGCGGAGGAGGAACUUAGGUUCCAAGAGGCGCAAUAUGAAGGAAUUGGAAGCCAGACUUGCUCAGGUCGAAACACAAUUAGUCUCCGAGCAGACCAAGGCAGCUACGACCCAAGGCGCAACCAGCAUUAGCAUGGACGCUGACUGGAACGAUUUGACAAUGGACAUGAAUAUGGAUAUGGUUGAUGAUGCGCUUUUGGAUGGGACCUUCGAUUUGAACGCAGCUGGCUUCGAUUUCCAACCGCCAGGUCCUUCGCUUCCUAUGGGCGAUAUAUUCUCACAAGAGCUGCUAGAGCUGGGUCUGCAGGAACCUCUUCCUCCUCAAGAAAUGAUGGAUGAUCUCCAUCAGAUCUAUUUCGAAAAAUUUCAUCCACAGGUCCCUUUCAUACACAAAUAUCGCUAUUAUACGUCACUGUCAAAAUCGCCUAUGUUUCGUCCUCCUGUUUGUCUGCGGUAUGCGAUUUGGGCUGUGGCAGCAUCUCUGUCCGAUAAAUACCGUUGCUACGAAGAUUUGUUAUAUGAACGAUCACGAAGGUACCUGCAAGAUGCUGAGAUGAAGGGACACGGCGAGGGCUUUGUUUCAAUAUAUUAUGCUCAGACUUGGGGACUUAUAUCUAAUUUCGAGGCGAAGAAGACAUACUUCUCUCGUUCUUGGAUGAGUACAGGGAGAAUGGUUCGAUUAACCCAAAUGCUUGGGCUUUACAGACUAGAUAUUGAAAGGGGAGAAUUCAAGCAAAUCUUACCUCCUCCGCGAGAUUGGAUUGAGCUUGAAGAACGACGUCGAACUUUCUGGGCAGCUUACUAUGGUGAUCGAUGGGCGAGUUCAGGGACUGGUUGGCCGAUGUUAGUUCAUGAAGAUGAGAUUUUUACAAACCUGCCUUGCUCUGACGAGGCAUUCGAGUCAGGCGUGGUGGAGCCAACUAUCUCUCUUGCAGAAGCACUUACCCCUGAUGGAGCUCGGAAUCUAAGUCCUUUUGCUGGAGUCAUACUCUCCGCCACCCUUUUUGGACACAACUUCCUCCAUCUUCACAAGUCGGGUCCCGACGAGCAUCCCGAGGAUCCCGUAAAUGGAGAAUUCUGGAAACGACAUAGGAAAAUGGAUAAUGUGUUAUCUAAUACCUUCAUGUUCUUACCAGAUCAUCUCAGGCUGCCGUCAAACGUUCGGAAUAUGAACGUGGUAUUUCUCCACAUGAAUAUCCAUGCUUCCGCCAUUUGUCUUCAUCAGGCAGCUAUUCUUACCGCCGAGAAGCACUCGCUUGCCAAGAAUGUUUCGGAUCAAAGUCGUGGACGCUGUCUACUUGCUGCUGAAGAGAUCGUUAACAUAAUGCGUCUCAUCUGUCAUGUUGAUCACAGCUUGUUGCAUCCUUGGAUUGGCUUUUGCCUAUACGUCGCUGCUGGCGUGUUCGUGAAGGAUCAGAAACAUGGAAGCCGUAACCCUGGUGUCAUGACGAACUUAGAAUUCUUGUUAUCGGCCAUGAAGUCAAUCGGAUCGAAGCAUAAUAUCACAAAUCACUUCACCGCACAAGUCGAACUAGACAUGCAGGCAGCAGGUCUU